UCCGGGAAGGAGGGGAGGCGGGGUUGCUUCCUGCUCGGGUCUGGGUCCCGCUCCCGCCUCUUCCCUCCUCAGUCCUCCCCGGCUCUCCCGAAGGGGGGAGGGGAAAAGAUGAUGGGGGGGAGGGGGAACGAACGGGAGGAAGAGGGGGAGGAGUGAGAGCGCGGGAGCGCGCUUGGGCCGUGGGGCCGCGCGGGGCCGGAGCGCGCGAGGCUGGGGCGCGCGGGCAGCCCGUGGCUGCCUCUGGGGCUCUGUGCACUGGCGCCGCCGCCGCCUUCGCCGCUCCGGCCCGGGGUCCGGCUCCCGCCCUGCGCCCCCGCCUCCCGCCGGCCCGCCUGCCCGCGUCCUCGGAAGUUUGCGCAGGUGCCUCGUGACAUCCUGGAACUUAGAAAAAGGAAGAGAUCUGCUUUUAGGAGACAAUGCUAAGGGACGCUAUGAAGUCUUGGAGCGAUAGCCAGUCAGACCUCUAUAGCAGUGACCAAGAAGAGGAAGAAGAGAUGAUUUUUGGUGAAAAUGAGGAUGAUUUGGAAGAGAUGAUGGAUUUAAGUGAUCUGCCUACCUCACUUUUUGCAUGCAGUGUCCAUGAAACUGUGUUUGAGGUGCAAGAGCAGAAGGAGCGAUUUGAAGCACUUUUUACACUCUAUGAUGACCAAGUUACGUUUCAGUUAUUUAAAAGCUUUAGAAGAGUCAGAAUAAACUUCAGCAAACCUGAAGCUGCAGCAAGAGCCCGGAUAGAGCUACAUGAAACAGACUUUGAUGGCAAGAAGCUGAAGCUCUAUUUUGCACAGGUGCAGAUGUCCAACGAACCAGGAGACAAAGCCUACCUGCUCCCCCCGCAGCCUGUCAAACAGUUCCUGAUCUCCCCACCAGCCUCUCCUCCUGUGGGCUGGAAGCAGGGUGAAGAUGCGAUGCCCGUCAUAAACUAUGACUUACUCUGUGCCGUGUCCAAGCUGGGUCCUGGAGAGAAAUACGAACUUCAUGCAGGGACUGAGUCUACCCCAAGUGUGGUUGUGCAUGUCUGUGAAAGUGAAACUGAAGAGGAAGAAGAAGUGAAAAAUCCCAAACAGAAAAUCGCUCCAACUAGGCGUCCUGAAGCACCUUCAAUGAUACGAAAUGAACCCCACACUUUGGGUUGUACGCUGUGAGGCCAACAGCACCAGGAGAGGCCUCACAUGGUUUUGGGGACGGAGAGUAAAUGUCUGCACCUGCUGCUGAUGGUAUAGGUCAGUAAGAGUGGAAGGGUGACAGAUGCUGUGUUUUCAGCAAUCCUGUGCUGUUCCUUCUGAAAGUCAUGCUUAUUAAAUAUAGUACAGGGUAACAGCAGAUUUUACUAAUGAUUGUCUUUCAUGUUAAAAAUUUUAGAUGAUAUUCUAAACAGCACUUUAAUUUAACAAAUAGUACCACCCCCAACGUAGCAUCUCUGACAUUUUAAUAGUGGAACAUUAGAAAGUUGGUUUUAUUUUUUCCAGCAAUUUUAACUUCCCUAAUAUCAUGUAGCAUGGGGUACCAAAAACUGGAUCUAUAUUCACCCAGUACAGUACCAUUUUAUGGAUUUAAAAAUAUAGUCUCUAGUUUAACAGGUCAGCGUGGGUAUUUUUGUACUGGUAUACUAGCGUCUAACUAAUAUAUUGAUCAAAUGUUAAUGCUAUUCAGUAUAUACUAACAUUUUUGCACGGCUAGAAAUCUGAUGUCUAGGAGAAUUAAUAGACAAUGAAUCGGCCCAUGUCAAAGUAUUUUUUCUUCAAGUUUUUGGAAAGAAAUGCCAAAUUCACCUUGACUGAUGAAAACUUUGGCGUCUCUCCAUGUGCAUGUUGUAGUCCUCUACCCUUAACAGAAAGUCUGAAGGGAAGAGAUCCACAGAACCCCUUCCUGAUGUAUAUGCGCUCUUAAAGGCCAGCUUCCUGGUGGCCCCUUUCAAAGCGGGACACCUUGCCAGUAGGCAUGAUUGACCAUGGUGUCAAAUGGCUAAUCAUAAAUUGCCAUUUGCUACUGUGUUCCUGUCUAGAGUAAAAACAUGUUUUCAGCCACUCGAUGUUAGUCUAUUAGCCUCUUUGUAUUAACCACUGGUCCUUGAGAUUGUUGGUUUUGUUAAUGUGUGUUGGUUGUGUCUGCCCCAUCGUCCAGAUAAAAAAAGGUGAGCGAUUUUCUGAAGGUGGUUUGGCAUUUGAAAAUGAGUCUGUAUGUUCUCUUGGAAAUUAAGUCCUCGUGCUCUCGGUUUUCUGUUUCUAAGAGUUAUGAGGAGAAAAGAAAUCAACUGACUCAUCAUAUUUGCUUCAGGGAUGAAGUUAUGGCCCUGAUUUUUAGCUGCUUGUUUUCACUUAAGUGUGGUAUUGCUUCUCAGUUGUGCACAUGAUCCUUCUCAGAGGGAAAGCACCUUGGAAAGUACACAUCAGUGAUUUCCAGAUAUUUCUCAUACCUUUUGCUGAGCAUUACCUAUUCUAAUGACAGUAGGCUUUUUCUGUGGGCUUUUGUUUUAUUGCAAUAUUUUGUUUUUUCAUCUUCCAUAUGUCCCUGGUCCUUCCACGUUCUGAAAUCUGUGUUAGACUUAUCCCUAGAUGCAUGCAUGCACACACAUGUACAUAUUCUGGAAUCUGUCACUGCUAGACUUUGAUAUAAAUUGGGUAGACAUUUUUAAUUAAUCAGCAACUUUUUGAAUUUGGAUCAGCAUUUGGCAAUUUAUUUGACAACCACUGAAUGAAUUCACUUCAUAGAUCUGAAUUCAGGACUGUGCUGGUACCAUAUCAUUCUUACCCCUCAAGCACCAGUUUAGAGUUAGAGAAUGAGGCCACUAAGAAAUAACAUGCAUUUUGAAAAUGCUUGAGAUCAUAUCCAGAUUCCCCAUAAGUAGCUACGGGUUAUCAUCACUUUCCCAGUGACCACAGUCUAUCCUAUUUGUUGCUUUUGUUUUCUUCCAGCUUUGCCCUCACCUGCCAGUCUAAUGGGCCCUAUCAGUGAGAUAUAAAGCACUUUGAAGUAGCCAUGCAAUACCAGCUGACUGCUUUCCCCCCUUGUUUGAGAAUAGUGGAUGAGUUAAAAAAAUCUUUUUAACAAGUGAAUGCUUUUUAAACAGACUACCAGGACAGCUCUAGAGCAUCAGCUUGGUCUAGAAUUAGAAAGAGCAAUGAGCCAAGAAUCAGAAGUUCUGAUCCUGACCCUGCCACAAAGAUCCCUUGUGUCACUGAAACACAUCCUUUCCCUUCUUGAGGCCUCUGUUUCAGUUACAGAGUGUCCUCCUCUGUAAAAUGAGGGUGCCAGACCAGAGCUCUCGAAGGUCCCUCCCAGUGCCAGCAUUCUCUGUUUCCUGUGAGGGUGGCACAUGGAGAAUUCUAGUGCAGUUUCACCAGGUGAGUGUCUAAGUAACAAUUAGCCACACCUUUCAGUUUUUCCGUAUCAGAAUGAAUCACUUUGGAACCUAAUGAGUUGUGUAGCUUCUGCCUUGAGGACAACUAUGCAUCCUGGUCACUUAACUGUCUUGUAAAAUGAAGAACUCUCCUAUGUACCACUUUGUUCUUUUACCAAGUACAAUGCUUUUGCUGUUGAAAUUGUUUUAUUAUAAACCAAGUUGACCUUUGUACUCGUCUGAAUAACUAAUGGCCAUGUUUUCUUUGUAGUUCAUUAUUGCUACUUGAACAAACAACUCAUUUAGAAACUUCUGGGAAAGGGACAGGUGCCUUGUGUUAUGGGGGAGGAAAGGAGGAGUGAGGGAAGGUGAUUGAUGUGAAUAUAAACACUAGAGUGCUCCAGAAGGAAGCUGCCCUUUCUGCCCCUUUUUUUCAUUCCAUGGUGCACCAAAGACUAUCUUGUGGCACAGAUGGUCUAGGAAGGCAGGAGCCACUGGGAACUUCUGAGAGAAGAGUAAUGUUAGGAUAGAUUUUUUACCAUCUUUUGGGGUAUGUCUCCCCUCUUUCAGUAAAUGACCUUGGCAGUCUGAACUGUGGUUGUUGAAAGAGUGUUUUCAUUGAAACAAUAUCAGGGUGUUACAGGACACAAAGGCUGUGUGUCUCUCUGUCCUCCAGGGACUUGCCUUUACUACCCUGAAGGCUGAGUCAUGCUAGUUAUGCCCUGGAAGCAGAAUGCCCAGAGCCUCCAAACAGCUACUUAGCACCACGUAUGGAUUUUCAGAGAGCAAGGCAUGAAGUUACCUAAUUUUCUUCCAAAGAGUACUUGAAUUCCCUCCUGCAUAAAACUCCCCAAGGAAAAAAAUAAAACCUGAUGCUCUUGAGACCAUUUAAUGAUGAUCAAAGCAAUGGGUACACUCACUUGUCCCGGAAUUCAAGAGCUCCUUCUGCAACCUCAGAGAAAAGACUGUCUGUAGGUGCAGUCUCACUUAUCCAUUGGCUAUUGUAUUUUUAACUCAUAAAACUAGGUUUGAUGCUUUGUAGGUUUUAUAAUGUUUUAAUUCAACCCAGUGGAGCUUAACUGGAAUCUGCUUAAAUAUCAUCAUCUCAGUAAUCCGCCACACCAGCCAUAUGUAUUGGUCUUUCCAGAAUAUAAUUGUAGUGAGAUUUUUAAGGUAAAUAUUAUGCUUAAAAUCUAGGUCUAGUGUUACAGAAUGAAACCAUCUGGAAGUCUCUCCAGGGUACAUCUUGCAAUAGACUGGGAUUUUCACAUAAUGCUUCAGAGGGAAAGGAGGAUGCUGUGGGGAGGCAAGCCUCAUGUUAAAGGGGAACCAUGAGGUAUAAUCAUGCAAGAGCCACUUUGGGAUUGAAUAUGUCUUUGAACUCUGCUUGUAUAAAACAGUCUGCCCAGUGUCCCCUUGGCCUCUUAUAUGCCUUUUAUAGAUCAUGACUUCAGUCAAAAAGUGAGUCACCAGCAUACAAAAGUGGUGGGAAAUCUAACAUCCCCUGUGAUCGAUCUCCUGGUGCUCUUUUCACUUUAGCUUUUCUCUUUUCUCUAUAGCAGUGCACCUUAUGUUGUAUGACAUGAAUUAAACUUCAAUGAACUGGGGUUUUUUUCCUGCUUUGUGUAUCCCCACCCUCUGGGAAUACAUUUUGCACUUAAUUUAUAUUGGCCAGGUCAAGGAAAGAGAGUGGGGACUUGGGCAGCUGUUUGCUUCUUGUCUAGAGAAAUCUGACUGCUUAAUAAUAAACAUUCAUCAAAUAUUCACUGAAUGAAUGAAAAUAAGACUUUCAGCCUUUGGCCCAUUGUUUGGAUAUAGUGACUCAAUAGCCUAAUUUCCUUUGUGCCAUAAUGUUGGCCAUGUGAGUCAGGCACUUUCUGUCAGGAGAACCAUUGUUUUGCUUAUUAAAAACACGUUUUAGAUGCUCAGGAGACCUUUGUUAUGUCUGGUAAAUGUUAAAACCACCUGACAGACAGUAAUCACUAGACUCAUUGGCCAAAAAGGUAAUAGCACCAACGAUGUUUGGAGAAGAAACUGUCCCCCAAGCUUGUGAAAUCCUCUUGUGCCCAGUGAAAACCGUCGUUCCCGACUCCCUGCUCCCUGGGCCUGCUUCUUUCUUUCUUGAAUCAAAUGAGAUAAUAUCUGUAAAGAGCUAGUACACAGUAGGAGCUAUGUAAAUGCUUAAUCCCCCCGCCUCUUCAACCCAGAAUCCUGUGACUGGAGUUUUGGUACUCCUCAGGGAAUCUCCUGAAUGUACAUCCUCGUGACGAUGACCGGCCUGCCUGUUUGCAUGGUGCGGGGUCUUCCCUCUUGUUUUACCCACUGUAAGUCUCUGAUGUCAUGCUUUGGGAAGUAGAUGGGGUAGAUAAAGGCAGUCACCUUCUCAUUAACGUGCCAUACAAUUUCUCUAUCGCUCUUCCUGCAGUUUUUCCAAACGAGAAAGAGUGUUUACAGGAUGUACCCAUGUCCAUUUCCACUGCUCGUCCUGCCCUAAGAGGGUUCCCCUUAAGACGAGAGGGCUCUGUAGCCAGGGCCCCACUUCCCAUUUAUGCCCUGCCACAGGCUCUAGGUUGGGGGGCCUCCCUCUGGGAUCCUGGGAGGUAUGUUGUGUAUCAUCGAGCUUCAAAACACAGCGAGUGCAGUAACGUCUGCCUGUGUCAUCCUCAUUUUGGUGUACUCAAGAAGAUGGUCUUCAUUGUGGUCUUGUGUAUGAUCAGCCGACAUAGAGCAUAUUGUGCUGUAAGGACUAAUGUUCAUGUACUUUGUGCUGUCAUGUAGCAAAAGCAGAAUGUCCUUAUUUAGGAAGCUUACUGAUUCCUGCUAAGAAAUUUUUUGUUUUUCAAAACUGUAAGAAAUAAAGUUAAUUUUUUAAAAUAACAA